AUGAAAUCAUUUUCGAGUUCUGCGAUUAACAAAUCGGGCAAGAAGUUCGCCCCAAAGGCGCCCACACGCCGCGCCGCGCCUGCACAUGCUGCACCGGCGCGGAGACCCAGUGCAGUCUCACAGAGUCAGACUCUGUCUGCACAGGCGUCUCAAGAGCGUGAUGCUACUGAAUCACUCCGGCCGCCUUCCGCGGGAGUCGCGGAGCCGGAGCAGCCUGCUGUGAUUGACGAUGCGCCGGUCGCGGUGUCAGCUACAAAGGAGCCCACACGGGCAGCUCCAAACGCUACAGCAAUUUCAAUUUCUCGCCCCAAGCGCAAAGCUUCUAUAUCCACGCCUGCCACCAAAGAAUCAAAUGCACCCCCACCCUCACUUCCUACAACCGAUAUCCCCACCUCCCCUCGCACCGUGACCGCCGAACCGCCGAUAGUGCCGUCAAUCGAACAUGAAAUCGAACAAAUUGCACCAGCAGUGCAAGACGCUCCGCGCCCGACUGAUGAUGUUGGGGUUGAAGAGUCCUCUUCCCGCGAACCGAGAGCUGCGGCUCAGGACAAUGCGACUGCGCCUCUCCGUAUUCGGCAAGUUAGUUAUGCAAAGAAGACAUCAGAGAUUACCAGGGGUCGUAGGAAGGCAUCUACACUCCCCACUCCCCCGUCCUCUCAGGCAGUUGUGCCGACAAUUGAAGGAGCAAGCGAAACACCUGCGCCCUCAGUGACCCCGUCCACCCCUGAGCCUGGUCAAGCAAAUGCGAAGGCUAAGCGAAAGGCAUCCAAGGCUGGGACUGAAGCUGAUGGAUCCGAGAAGGCGAAGAAGGCUCGCCGCAGGAAGCGCGAACCAACUCCUGAAGGUGCAGAGCGGGUAGAAAUCCUGCCGAACGUUGUCAAAAUGUCUGAGUUGUGCAAGGAUUUGAAGACUGGAAGGAAGUCCAAGCGUGAGACCGAAUUGCGCAAACUAGAAAUCGAAGAGCAGGAGCGGAAGUGGAAAGCCCAGGAGGAUGGUUUGAAUAGCGGCACGCCCGUCAAAAAGACCGCCGAGCCCGAAAACAACAGGGAAGAUCGUAUUCCUCCGGCCAAGCCCCAGGCUGGGCCACUCAUGCGAAUCGUCAACGGCGAGAUCGUCCUUGAUACAGCAUCACUCGAGGUGGACCGGCAUGCAGAUGCCGCACGAAGCGCUGGUGACCUUGAAGAUGUGGUUGAAAACCAACUUACCCGGAAGAUUAACCAGGCCACUUACGGCAAGCGCUCUAAGACAGAAACCUGGGAUGAGGAAUUAACCGACCUAUUCUAUCGUGGCCUGCGCAUGUUCGGCACCGACUUCAUGGUGAUCAGUAAGCUGUUCCCAGGACGGUCACGCCGGCAGAUCAAGUUGAAGUUCAACAAUGAAGAGCGUCGUGAUCCUCAGCGGAUCAAGGACACUUUGCUCGGCCCGCGCGAGACCAUCAAUAUCCAGACUUACUCGGAGAUGACCCAGCAGACUUUCGACGACCCCAAGGUCAUCCAGCAAGAACUCGAUGACGAGAAGAAACGCAUCGAGGAAGAACAUGAGAAGGAGAAGCAGCUUCAAGAAGAACUGAUGCGCAACCCCACCGGCACGGGCAAGGACGAGAAUGCCGACGGCGACAAAGCCAAUGGCGCUCCUGCCAAGGUCAAGGGGCGCGGCAAGAAAGCCAAGGCCCAAAGUGGAGGUACUGAAGAAGUGUUGGGCUCUAUUGAUGAUAUCCCAAUGGCUUAG